AUGAAAAUUUUUGGAUUUUUCGCAGGCUUUGCAUUCGCAGAGAAAUGUGCGCAGAUGUGCCCGAUGAAUAUUGAGGAAGUUUGCGGCUCUGAUGGAAAUACCUACACAAACAACUGCUCUCUCGAAACCGCUGCCUGUGAGCUUAGAAAUGCGAAGACUGGAAUCAAUCUUGUGAAAGCAUACGAUGGAACAUGUGUUGACUACUCCAACUGCGAACGAGCUUGCCCAAGAAUUCUCGACCCCGUCUGUGCCAACGCUGGGGAUAACCAGAUGCGUACCUUCGGAAAUUUGUGCGAGUUUAGAAGUGAAAUCUGCGGAAAGGGAAUCAAAAGCGAAAUGGCACGAGUUAUGCACUCUGGAGAAUGCAAUCAUGAGUCUCUGUAA